UUUGCUUUUAUUCCCUGUAUGUUCUUCUGGUCACCAAAUGAGAAACUCUGUUUUUUUGUCGGUAGAUGGCGCUGUUGAUUGACGCAAAGGUGGGAUCAAAGGUUAGGCUUACCCCAAGGCUGUAAAGGGCUAUGUAUCCUGUCGAUCUGCCAGCUGUGGACGACACCGAGCUGACAUCCGCAUCUGAAAAUUACCUAGCUUCACUGAACGCAACAAAUUCCUGCAAUGAGUGGUUUCGGUCAUUACUGACGCCAAAAGAGAUUGCUGUAACACCAGCCAACAUCAGACAGCUCCAGCUGUUUGAGGACGAACAUCCUGCCUGUACUGUGCUGGCGCUUCACCCUCCACAUGAUCAAACACAGGUCUUAGCUUUAUACUUGCACAAGAAGUGGUGGCCAUUGGACGACGUGCUGCAGACCUCCAGUGAAUCCAGAAGUGGCUUGCAGCCAGUGCAGUCCAUUAUGGAGAGGUUGAUCGUGUUCCUGCUCAGUCAGGUGGUGGAGGGGCCUGGGUCACAUGGAGAGGUGUCGUUCUCCCUGCAUCCACCCACAGAAACCUGCAAAGUGCUGUGGAAGGAUGGACAGGCGGUCGGCUUCUACACCAUCAAACACAAAGGCAGACUCUGUGACAGCUGGAGCAGCCGCUGCUACCUGCUGCCUGUCCUGGACACUGUGCUGGUGAGGAGAAGAUGCAGGAGGAGAGGCUUCGGCCUUCAGAUCCUGCAUGACUUCUGCUCCUCCUUCUCCUCGGAGGAGUUUCUCGGAGUCAGCUCUCCCUUGUCGUCCGGCAUGGUGGCAGUGAUCAGGAAGUUCCUGCAGCAGCAUGAGGAACAUCGGGCACGUCUGUAUGAGGUGGAGGCUCCAGGAGGGUGGACUCAGAGAAGAAACAUCUGGCUCAACAUCCAACUUGGUCGCUACGCUUCUGAGCAGACUAGUCCAGCUGUCCUGACCCCAGUCAGCCCUGUAACUCGAACGCUCCCCUGAUAACGGCCUCUGCUCAGCUCUGUGAUGUGAACCAGGAAGAUAACUCCCCGAGCAGCGAGCUCUCUGGGACAGGAUGUUGCUCUUCAGUCCGCACUGAUAUUCUGGAUUUUAAAGCUCCCAGGAGGCCCCAACGUUUAAAAGAAAGUUUGAAAUGGAAGGAAGCUUCGUCAAGGAAGCCUAGCAUAGAAAGCCCAGAGGAGAUGCAAAAAAGGUCCAAAAGAGCCAGAAUAUCCAUCAACGAGUAAAAUCACAAACUUAGCUCAUUGCACAACAACACGCUCCAGCAAGGACUGUUCUUUUCCUUGUGUGUGAGGGGCGCAUGAAAAGGCUUUCAAAUAUCAAAAUGAGAAAAGCUGCUCUGUGCAGAUUUUGUGUUUCUGAAUUUCUUUCUUACUCAAGACAGGCAAAACAUUUGAGCUUUUUGGAGUUCACCUGUUCCAUUUUCGGUUAAUUCUGUAGUAAUUUUACCCCCUACCUCUCUCCUUAUGUUUCUUGUAUUUCUGAAUAUUCAAUUUACCUUAAAUGUCCUGUUUUGGUGAAGGCAACUCAAAUAUCAUCAGAUAGAACACUGAAGAUAGAUAGAUAGAUAGAUAGAUAGAUAGAUAGAUAGAUAGAUAGAUAGAUAGAUAGAUAGAUAGAUAGAUAGAUAGAUAGAUAGAUAGAUAGAUAGAUAGAUAGAUAGAUAGAUAGAUAGAUAGAUAGAUAGAUAGAUAGAUAGAUAGAUAGAUAGAUAGAUAGAUAGAUAGAUAGAUAGAUAGAUAGAUAGAUAGAUAGAUAGAUUGAUUUCCUAUGUUCCCAUAUUUAUAUAACUUUAUAACCUGGGAUCCAUCAAAUCUGUGUCCGUUCCUCUAAUAACUUUUCAUUAUAAAUAGUGACGAGGUAUAAAAUGUACCUUGGAAAAUAUCACAUACAAGACUGCAUGAUGCAAUGACGCAUUUAAAAUCCACUUAAAUAAAACCUGUUAUUCAGUCA